GUGCCCCAGGCCUUCAAAAUUGCAUAUGGUUCCAUGCGUGUUUGCAUCGUGGGUAUGUGGAAAGCGUUGCGGGAGUUGGUUUUGAUCUAGUGUUCGCGGUACGUAAAAUGGGCAACCAGGUGACACGUGUCGGCAAUGCGUCGCACAAGAAGGCGGAAUCCACGACAGUAACUGGAAAUGCGCAAGGUGCGAAUGCCGUUGCGAGAAGCGCUAGCAAGAGCGAACCGGAUCAUAACUCUCAUAUGCAAUUUUUCCCGAUCGAGAGUCUGGCGAAGACAUUGUCACAUCUUGCCCAUCAAGAGGAACAUGUUAACGGCAUUACCAAGUCUGUGUUCCAAAAGUACUUAUUUCCCAAUCAUCCUGAAUUAAGUGAUAAACUUUUUACUUAUCUGCACCAUAAUGCCAAUGCUACAACUGCUUACAUAAGUAUAGGAGCCUUCAAGCAGCAAGCUGAGAAGUUUCUGUCAGUAAUGAAUGAUCAAGCCAUAUUGGAAAAUUACAUAAAGAUGUACUCCAACUUGAAGGAUGGUGGCAAUGUUACUCCUGAUACAUUAAAGGCAUUAUUAAUGUGUUGUCACCAACUGACAAUGGAAAACAAUAGCACUGGCUUGUGUCUUCAUUCACAGCGGAUAAUAAGUGCCGUCGUUGUUUCAUGUUUUCACGGCAAAAGUAGCUUAUCCACAAGUUAUGUGAGCAACUGGAUUGGCCAACAUUGUCCGCGCAUGGUGAACGGCCUGCAACGAUACGUGGUGCAUGUGUUGACGACUGCUUAUCGCAAUGGUAAAGCUCUUCUGUCGAAGGAACAGACGCAGCCUCCUAUCGACAUACCGACGCCCGUAUUGGACAAGAUAGAUUUCGAAUAUCCUCGAACCUUGCUGCCGAUGAGUUAUGUCUGGCUGUUGUCGUGCACAUUGCCGCAGUGUUACCUCCAGACCAACGAUUCACCGAAGGACAUAACUCACGCUUUGAUAGCCGGAAGAGCAGGCAGUAUUUGUCCAAGGCAUUGGACGUUACUGUACAGUAGCGGGGAGCACGGGACCGGAGCUAAUCGCUUCCUUCAUCAUGUAUUAGGUUACAGAGGUCCCACUCUUCUAUUUAUAAGAGCCGCUAGUGUAGAAAGUGACGAGGAAUUUCCGACGUAUUGCGUGUGCUCGGCCGUCGAGUGGCGAGAAAGUCAUCUUUAUUGGGGCGACGAUGACUCGAUGGGCAUUCAACUUACUCCGUCCUAUAAAGUCAUAGAGACAGGACCGAAGAUGCUGUACCUGAACACAAAUAUCAGGGGUUACCCACACGGACUGCGACUCGGUAGCGACCCGCGUUCGCCUUUUAUCAGUAUCGACGAGUCAUUUCAAUCGGUGUCGAUCGCGGGCGCCCCUUAUCGCAUCGCUAGCUUGGAGGUCUGGGGCUGCGGCGAUACAAAGCUGAGGGAAAAGCAACUGGAAAUUAAGAAGUGGCAAGUGAAAGAAGCGGAGAAACAGAGGGUCGUAAAGUUAAGUGCCAGCGACUGGUUGGACCACCCCGACCGUUAUUUACUGGAACUCGCCGGCAGAGCAUCCUACAACGAAUCUAACAAGUAGAACGGGGAGAAUGCGCGUGCCUAAGAGGUAAGGAGGACGUUUUGAGCAACGGUAUUGCGGUCUUUAAGAACAUGAGCAUUAUUGCAUUCUGAAACAACAGACCUGGCGGAAUUUUGUACGAUAGUUUCACUGUGCUCUGUUUUUACUGCCUUAAAUUCUCAUCGUAGAUCACGCUUUACGGCGCUUAGUGUAUUUUCAUGCUUCGAAAUUUGUGUCUCCGUCCGAUUUUUUAUAAAAUGACUUUGAGAAUUUUCGUGAUUUAUUCUCCCUUGCCAGCACUUCGAUUACUUCGUUCUGGUGAUUUCAAAUAUUUCAACGUUAGUUAGUGAGAACUGCCCCAUUGGUGCGAAUACGAAAAAAUGUGGAUAUAUAUAUAUUUUAAUGUCGAAGGGUAUUUUUCGUAAAAAAAAAAUAUACAUAUUUAUUAUACAUUCACACGUGUAUUUGUACAUUUAUCAAACUCAUUUACUGUAUAAAAAGUAUAUAAUCGA